ACAAGUGGAGAGCACCAGGAACAGGGAACCCCAACCCAGACCCUAGGCCCCUGAGGCCUAUGAGACAUCCAUCACACAGGCCAGGAGGUUGCUGGGAUGGGGAGCACCACACAGAUUGCUGGAAUGGGGAGCACCAGAACUAGGUUGCUGUGGUCACGUCUUCUGAUGCUGUUGGCCGUGCUCCACAAGUCAGGAAGUCAAGAUCUCACCUGCAUGGUUUACCCGAGCAGAGUAGACUGGACUCAGACAUUUAAUGGCACCUGCCUGAAUUUCAGUGGCCUUGGCCUGUCCCUGCCAAGGAGCCCCUUGAAAGCCAGCCACGCUCAAGUCCUGGACCUGUCUAAGAAUGGCCUGCAGGGGCUCCCUGGGGCCUUCUUCGCCAACCUGGAAAAGCUGCAAACCCUGAUUGUCACCCACAACCAGCUGGACAGUGUGGACAGUUCACUGGCCUUGCGCUGUGACCUGGAGCUCAGGGCAGACUGCAGCUGUGGGCUGGCCUCCUGGUAUGCUAUUCGCCAGAACUGCUCCCAGCAGCAGCAGCUUCUCUGUCUACACCCAGCCACCGAAGCUCCAAGGAACCUCUCCACCUUCCUUCAAGUCAGCUGUCCCCCCAGCUGGGGUCCGGGGACCAUUGGUGCCCUUGUUGCUGGGACAAUCUCCCUGGCUUUGGCUGUCAGUGGGUCUGUGCUGGCCUGGAGACUUCGCCGCCGCCGCCGAGCCAGUGAGCACAGCCUCGGCAAAGCCCAGAUGUCCCCACACGAUGUCCCCGGACCAGUGACAGAUUUCCUGCCAAGGUACAGCAGCCGGAGACCCGGCCCCACGGCCCCAGACACGCCACCCAGCAGGUUCACAAUGGAUUAUGAGAAUGUCUUCAUUGGCCAGCCAGCAGAGGACUGCUCAUGGUCUGCAGCCAGAGACCGCCCUUCUGGGGACAGUGGCUGCUACAUGAACUACAGGAGUGUCGACCAGGACCCUCAGCCCGUCUAUUGCAACCUGGAGUCCCUGGGGCGGGCCCCACGGGACUAUGAGGAGAGUGUGGUCUCCUGGCGCUGAACCCGAGAAUCCGCCUCCCGCACCCCCCAGGAUCCCGCACGCUCAACAUCACAGGGGGUAGGAGGACCCCCCCCCCCAAAAAAAAAAAAGUGGAAGGAGGGUCAGAAACAACCCUCCGGUCAGUGUGUAUGCAUGUGGUGCUCAAUAAAAGCUCUGGGUCACGUGGAGCAGCUGACU